UUCCCAGAUAAUAAGUAAGCCAUAUAUAGAAAUCGCACUUUCUACUGCAGAGAAGGACAUUUUUCCGUUGAACAGGAGGAGAUGUCUACUAUUUUCAGGUUCACCGUGCUUGCUCUGAUUACUGCCACGAGAACACUAUGCAAUGCAGCUGAAAUGAACAGUGAAGAAUCUGCUCGUACUUCUCAAGAAGUUCUACCAAACGUAUUUAAAGAGUUCUGGAAGAAUCAUACGAAAGUGUGGACUGUCAAAUCAACGCACGCACCUCUAUAUGAUUGUGAGCGGGAAGUAUUCACCAGUGUGAAUGACACUAGUUUGCAAACAAAAAUAUACUUCGAUACCGAAAAUUCGUUCACAUUAAAUUGGACAUUUACAGGAAACGACACAAUCACAAGUGAAUUGUCAGAACACAUUACAGUCAGACGGGGAAUUCUGUAUCAAAACGGUACCUGCGCGGUUUUCAAGACUGAAGUCACAGUGCACAGUCGGAGAAAAGUAGAAGGCAACAGCCAGGUGCAAAGUCAAAACUAUUUCAAAUUGGUUGUGGACGACCUGGAUAGAAAUCGUAACACCACUAACUGUACGAAACAAUACAGGAAAGCAAGAGGCAAUGAAAAGAGCUACAAAAUCUAUCGCAAGAAAUGUGAAACGAUUGAUGAACCGUGAAAAAAGCGCCAUUUGUCUCUUUCGUCAUCAGUACGUAAAUAUUGUAUUUGUAAUCUUCAGUUAUAGAAUGCACAAUAAAUCACAUAC